CUAGCUUGAACUUAACAUGUUCUGUGGUCCUAUUUGUACUCAGAAAAGAUGAAGACCGUGUCUCAAAUGGUUGUGGAAAUGAUUUCUUCUGUAAGAUCAGUGUUCUUACCACACCCCACCCCUCCAAAAAAACCCAAAAUACACAAAAAGUGGCAGAGGGUGUCUGAUACCUUCAGAACGUUUACUUGGCAGACUGUUGGCUACAGAGGCGGAGCACUGUUUUCAUCAGCUUUUACACUUUUUCCCAAAUGUUACACUUAGGAAAAGGCCAGAAAAGAAUCUUAGAAAUCUGAAAGCCUACAUGAUGAGAAUUGUACGGAUUUUAUUGGUCACUACCAGGACCAAACAGUUGGUAGUUGAUGUUGGCUAAGAGAAUCUCCCGGGGCAGGAACUCUUUGCCACUGUGGUGCAGGCCUUACAGCAUUUUCAGGAAGUGAGGUUGAGUGUCAUCAAAGCAGGAAGUGAGAGUCAGGACUCAGACAUCUUAUUCUCAAACACUGAGUCAUUGUGACAUGACAUUACAUCUUUGUCACUUCAGCCAAGAAGAAGUCCUUCUUUGGAGGCUAUGGUAUGCAUCAAUGUGGAAAGGAUGCCUGACACUUUAUACUGGAAGAGGCGGUGAACUUCAAAAAAUUGGAGAAUUUUGUAUGGUGUAUUCAGAAGUGCCGAAUUUCAGUGAGCCAAACCCAGAUUACAGAGGGCAGCAGAACAAACCGGUGCAGAAUGAUAAAGCGAGCGUCAGUGCGUUUGGACCACUGGGAAAUGGUGUUCAGACUGGCCCCGAAUCAAGAGGAUAUCAUCUUCCAUAUACUGGUAGAAGCAAUGGCCGGGACCCCACCAAUCCCCAGCUACCAGGAGCUCGGAGUAGUCAGACAGUCAUGACCACAAUCAGUAAUGCCAGGGAUCCAAGGAGAACCUUUAAAAGAUGACCUAAGCCAAAGAGACACGUGUAGUUUUUAAACUACCUGCCCGACUUGAACACUUAGUGCACUUUUUUUCAUUGUUAACUGUGAAAAGUUUGUCUCUUACGGGUUUCCUUGUAUAGUUUUGGUUUGUUCAGAAUGGUUGGUUUUUCCUGCAAGCCUUGAGCCGCUCGGUUACAUCCUAUUGAAGAAUAGGAACUCUGAAAGCAGGAACAUUUAUUUUUAGAGCAAGAACUUACUGGGUAUCACUUGAAAACCCGUCCCUGUUUCAAGGGUGAGUUCCUUAAGACACCAGCUUUCUAUAGCCUUGGUGAGUCUUCUGCGUACAUUUUGUAAUGUUUGCCGUAACAUUUCAUGGAAAAUGUUCUUUUGUCUUAAACUGGGCUAUGUCCAGCUGAAGUGAUCUCCACCCCAGCCAGAAGCCUGACCAGUGCUGGCAGCGGUUUGAGUGUUGUGGCCCCGCGGUGACUGCCUGCCUGGAGUGACUGGCCUGCCGUUGAGAUUUGUCCAAGGACGGAAUCAUCCUGCAUUCUUGUGUAAUUACCAGAAACCCAGAUUCUUUAUCAGAAUUAUGGAAUAAAGCGUGUAAUAAUAGAA